AUGGCUUGUGUAGACUAUCUUCGGAAAAAUAGGGAGAAAUUUGAAGCAUUCAUAGAGGGGCCAUUUGAAGAGUAUUUAAAAUGUUUGGAAAAUCCGCAGGAAUGGGUUGGACAAGUAGAAAUAAGUGCCCUUUCUCUUAUGUACAAGAAAGAUUUCAUAAUAUACCGGGAACCAAAUGCUUCUCCUUCACAUGUAACUGAAAAUGGCUUUUCUGAUAAGGUAUUGCUAUGCUUCUCAAAUGGAAACCACUAUGAUAUUGUUUAUCCCAUAGAGUAUUCGGAAACGGCUGCUCUGUGCCAGUCUCUGCUGUAUGAGUUGCUGUAUGAGAAAGUAUUUGAUACGGAUGUAAAGAAAAUCAUAGCAGAACUUAGUGCAGUUGGUGUGACAGAGGAAAGUAAUGGUAGCAGUGAAGUAUCUGCUUCAGAUUCAGAAGAUGACAACUACAGAAGUAAAGCUACAACAGUUAGUGAUAUGAAUGGAUUGAAGUCUCUUUCUGGCAACAAGCACCUUAAGAGCAAUGGGAAUCCUACCUUGUUGGACUUACCUAAAAAAGUUCUUAAAUCACUCAAUCCAUCAGUUUACAGAAAUGUUGAAUAUGAUGUUUGGCUCCAAUCCAAAUGGGAUCAGCAAAAACAAGAUUUCUCUAUUGCUGCUGGCAUGCAAUACUCGGUUGGAGAUAAAUGUAAA